AUGUGGUUCUUGGUGCUGGGGAUACCAUCAUUAGUCAUACUCGGCUACCUCUCGUACACCUUCGCGAAUGGCAAUGUGCGAGACGAGCUGCUGGACAGAUUGGGUGUGCAGCACCACAGGACAUCUACAGCUAGUACGCCUCCAAGACAGUUGUCGGCGGAAGAAAAGCAAAGGCUCCCCGAUGAGAAGCAGCAGCCAUGUCAAGGGACAACAGACUACACGACCGCAUUCCCUCCCAGUCGCAGACAUGUCUUGGAAGAGCUCCUCCUCCUGGACAAGCCACACACCCAGCUCCGCCCACCCAACUACAACAAGUUACUGCCAGACAAGGAAACGCCAGAUCCCACACAGCAUCUUCAGCACAUCACAGCAACGGGCUUCACACUCGAAGAAAUCCAGCGACUGGGCGACUUUCCCGACUAUGCCACGCUCAGCGGCGUCCCUCUUCCCGCCGCCUACCUCGAAUUCGACGUGAACACAGCACUGCCUCGACCCUAUCGACCCUUUCGGUGGGCCUACCACCAGACCAUGUCUCUCACGAAAAUGGAACCGGACUGGUGGCUCGAGUUACACCGAGAGUACGUGGACACGAUCCGCGCACGAGAGCAGCUCUUUGAGAAGCACGGCGCCAUGGUACUGCAGACUCUCCCCGGAUCGGAAAUCGCGUGCAAAGAGCUCAUGGAAAUGUGCGUGCAAUUCCUCUGUGCGCGAUAUCCGCAGUAUUUUCGCGUCGACACCCAUCGCUCGGUCUUGUGGAAUGGAAUUUUGCAUACGCAAACAAAUCUCAAAUCCACACCACCAAUGGAAGUACUCUUGCACAAUAUCCCCGAAGACUUUGCCCUUAUGCUUCGCGAUCCCGAAACAGGACUCUACACGCUCCGCGCCGGCAUGGUCAUGUCCAGUCUCGGGUGGACAUUAGGCAACAAAAUGGGUUUACCUUUAGCAGCCAUCCACUCUCCCGUACCCGACUACCAGCUCAAAAUGCAAUUCUCCAUGGAUCGAUACUUUUCCAAAACGCCCACGGAAAAACCCAUCCAACGCGGCUCCUGGGGUUUGGAAAUCCACAAACCGUUAUAUAUGCCUCCGGGAGACCCUCAUAGUAAACUCCGCCUCGCCCAAAAUCCCUCACAUACCAUCUCUGAUAUCCAUCUCCGCGUCGACUGGCAAACUUUACGUCGUUUACCACUUUCUGGCGCGAUAGUUUUUAAUUUCAAAGGGAUUUUUACACCUGUUGCCGAAUUUAAGGAUGAGCCGAGGGUUCCUUCGUUGGUGUUGAAGGUGUUGAGGGAGGGGAAGAAGAAUUUGAUGGAGUAUAAGGAUACGUGGCAUACGGAACAUGUGGUGAUUCCGUAUUUGGAGGAGUGUGAACGAGAGCAGAUUCGAAGGGGGUUGAUGGAGGGGGAGUGGGAGGUGCAGACGUUGGAGGAAACGCCGUUUUUUGAGGGUUGGGAGGAGAAAUGGCAUCGGGGGCAGGGGUUUUGA